CCGCUCCGACGAUGUCGGGUUUCUCGUUCGGAUCAUCCGCCGCCGCGGCCGGGUCCUCCUCCGCCGCAACCGCGUCCCCCUUCGCGUUCGGAUCUUCCCCUCCCGCUUUCGGAUCCUCCUCUGCGUUCACCUUCGCUCCUUCCUCCGCCGCAAACCCUAGCUCCGCCUCCGCCUCCCCUCUCUCCUUCUCCUUCGCCCCCUCCUCCGCCUCUCCCUCCCCAUUCGCCGCCGCCGCCGCCGCCGCCGCCUCCACCGCGUCCAACCCUAGCUCCUCCCCGCACCCGCUCCCGCUCCCGCUCCCUUCGGCUUCGCUCCCCCUCUUCCUCUUCGUCGAUUUCGUCGGCGUUCUCCGCUCCUUCGUUCUCAUUCGGCUCCACGCCGGCGGCUUCCGCGCCGUCGCUCUUCGGCACGCCGGCUUCCGCGCCGUCGAUCUUCGGCACGCCGGCUUCCGCGCCGUCGCUCUUCGGCACGCCGUCGUCGGCCGCGUCCGGAGGAUCGUCGCCCUUCGGAAUGGCUCAGCCUGCCGCGAGCGCCUCGCCGUUCGGGUCGAGUUCCCCUUCGCUAUCGUUCGGUCCGUCGGGGACCUCCGCUUCUACUCCGUUCGGUACGCCCGCGCCGUCUUCCGGUGCGAGCUCCGGUUCGUCGUUGUUCGGAGCGGCCACUUCCGGUGCGCCUCCGUUCGGGGCGGCUUCGGGUGCAAGCUCGCCACUGUUCGGUGCGGCUCCGACGUCGUCAUCGACUUCGACCACAACCGCCGCUCCGUCUCUGUUUGGGACGCCGCCUUCCGCCGCCGCCGCCGCCUCUGGAGCGUCCUCAUUCGGAGGAACUGCUUCAGCCGCUAGCUCUGGUGCGCCAGUGUUUGGGACAAGUCUGUCCACGGCUCCUCCCCUGUUCGGUACAACUGCGACCUCCGCGAGUCCAAGUUUCUUCGCCCCGGCCGCAGCCACAGCCGCCGCCGCCUCCACCACAGCUGCGUUUUCCGCAGCUUCUGCAUCGGCUUCAGCAACUACUCCUUCAUUUUCGAACAUAUUUCCUUCUAGUUCAGCCGCAACAUCAUCUCCUUUUGCUGCUCCUACGGGUUUUUCCUUUGCCAAACCCACGAGCUCUAGCUCGCCGUCUUUAACACCCUCUGCAACAUCCACAACGACCUCACCCUUCUCGUUGGCACCAUCUUCCUCAUCUUCGCAGUCCUCUUUCAGUUUCGCGCCGUCAGCCCCGCCCUCGACUGCGUCUUCCGCGAAGCCUACGUCCUUUUCUUUUGUCCCAUCUGCGGCGCCGUCGUUCUCUACUGUCACCACUACCACCAGCGCGUCGACUCCAUCUGCAGUUAGUAGUUCAGCUUCGGUGUCCUCUUCGACGACAUUGCCUUCAUUUGCUGCGGGCUUCUCGUCGGCGGCUGCGACUUCAGCUGCAUCAGCAGUCACUGCAGGAUCUUUGACACCUGCCAGUUCCUUCACGGGAUUUGGAGUGACCGCAACGCCUGCUUCUUCAGCGACUGCUAGUUCGGUCCCAAGCUUUUCGUUGUCUACCAAAACUUCAACACCAGCUUCAUCUCCGGCACCUUCUGCCACCACCGUCCCUGCUUUUAGCAUCCCUGCUACAACUUCUGCAUCAACAACAGGUUCUAGUGCCAGUACAACUGCAGCUCCAACAUCAUCUCUUAUUGUAGCCUCUAGUAGCGGAACAACAUCAAGCACCAGCGCUCCAGCUGCUGUUCCAAAACUACCUUCAGAGAUCGUAGGGAAGACUGUUGAGGAGAUUAUCAAGGAGUGGAAUGCUGAGCUACAAGAGCGAACAGGGAAAUUCCGGAAGCAGGCAAAUGCCAUAGCUGAGUGGGACAAGAGGAUUUUGCAGAAUCGUGAUGUUCUUCUUAGGCUUGAGAUUGAAGUGGCAAAAGUGGUUGAAACGCAAGCUAGCCUGGAGAGACAGCUGGAAUUAAUUGAAACUCAUCAGCAAGAGGUUGACAAGGCUUUGCAGAGCAUAGAAGGAGAAGCUGAACGUAUUUACAAGGAUGAGCACGGACUAUUGCUUGAUGAUGAAGCUGCGUCCACUAGAGAUGCUAUGUAUGAACAAGCUGAGUUGAUAGAGAGGGAGCUGGAGCAAAUGACGGAACAAAUUAAAACAGUCAUCCAGACUCUGAAUUCCAGCCAGGGUGGAGAGCUCGACACCAUUGAUGGCAUGACACCACUGGAUGUUGUUGUCAGGAUUUUAAACAAUCAGCUUAGCUCUUUAAUGUGGGUUGAUGAGAAGGCAGAGGAAUUUUCCUCACGUAUUCAGAAGCUUGCAAGGCAAGGUUCUGCUGCAGAACGCGAAUUGAUGGGCCCAAAAUUGUGGAUGUCUUGAACCUUUGAUCUUCAGAUGCAUGAUGUAACUUUUUGAUUUUUGUCAUAGCGGUCUAACGUCUGUUAAGGUUGUCGUUACUUGUUGCAGCCUUGAUAACUGCUGAUGAGCUCUCAAUUGAUGGAGUUAUUUUUCCCUCCACCCCAGAAAUGGAUCCUCCGAUCUUUUCACUCGAGUAUCCAGUCAUCCUGUUCUGCGCAUGUUUUGGCUAUCUAUUUCAUGGUCUUGAGCAAUAAAGGAAUGUUUAAAAUCGGAUAAUA